AACGUCAGCUAGUUAGCUAGCUACUCACGACGUCACAUCGUCAGCUAGCUAGCUAAGCUAGCUAAGCUAGCUAUUUGUGCAGCCAGUUAUACCGAGACGGGCAACGGUGCUGGCCGUUUAUCUGCAGUAAUAGCUACAGGGUUCAGUGUUCAAAACCAGCAGAUUUGGACUAAGGCACUAACAAAGUCAAGAUGAAUGUUGGUGUAGCUCACAGUGAGGUGAACCCCAACACACGGGUUAUGAAUAGUAGAGGGAUCUGGCUGACUUAUGCAUUAGGUGUAGGAAUGCUUCACAUUGUGCUGUUAAGCAUUCCUUUCUUCAGUGUUCCUGUCGUGUGGACCCUUACAAAUGUUAUUCACAAUUUUGGUAUGUAUGUGUUCAUGCAUGCAGUGAAAGGCACACCAUUUGAAACUCCAGACCAGGGCAAGGCCAGACUCCUUACACACUGGGAACAGCUGGACUAUGGCGUGCAGUUCACAUCCUCCAGAAAAUUCUUCACAAUUUCACCAAUCAUUUUAUAUUUCCUGGCAAGCUUCUACACAAAAUAUGACACAGCUCAUUUUGUGAUAAAUACUGCUUCCCUCCUGAGUGUGCUUAUCCCAAAACUGCCACAGCUCCAUGGAGUGCGGAUCUUUGGAAUCAACAAGUAUUAAGCUCACUGUUCAGAGGAAACAAUGCUGAGACCAGCUCUCCAAUGAGAUUUUGCCUCAUCCGAUAGGAGAAUAGGAAACCCUCUGUGCUUUGUGACGCAGUUUUGUACAGUGUGUAUAAUUUAGUGUUAGUCCAUGCUUAGAUGCACCUGAAGUUAUUACAGACAUAUGUGAUAAUGCCUUGUGCAUUAACUUAAGUGAAUAUUUAAUUUUUUUUUCUUUCUGGUCCUCGUGGAUCUGGGCUGGCCCAGGUCUCAAUGCUGUUUGGAGUCUUUUGUUUGUUUUUUUCCUUAUUCACAAAUAUUAACUGGUUUUGUUUUUUUUGUUGUUUUUUUUUUUUGUAGGCGCUCAUUAAACCAUGAGGAACUAAUGCUUUUUGUUUAACAUCACAUUUCUAAAUUUAAAAAGCUGUUUUUAAGAACAAUUCUUUGUAAGAAUUGGACCCAGUAAAUUUUGUUUUCUUCUUGUAUUAGUGCUCUACAGAACAGAAGUCUUGCAUGAUUUUUGGAAAGACUUGCUAAAUCAAGUAUUUUGAUAGUGUGAAUAUGUAUAGUCCUACAUUGGGUUGAUGUCUCAAUACUUAAACAUCCAUUAACAAGAGUAGUGUUUACUGUCUGAUAUGUUUAUGUACUAAUUCAUUCAAGUGUGCUUGUUUAGGAUGUAAUGGUAAGUCUGAACUCCAUUACCAAGGCAGCUAGUCCUUUUUGGCUUCUGCUUAUUGUUGGUAUUACUGGAGCUAAAAGAAUAUACAUGUAUGUGAUAGGUCCAUUAAAAUGUUUGUGCUCAA